UAUCGACCAGAGACCCAGGUCGUCCGCCUCUCACCCCAGUCUCGUCUGACCACGGCAUUCGCACGCACUUUUGAUCGAGUCCCAGCCUUUGCCGGAACGUGGCAACGCCUGCUUAAAGAGCAUCGAGGAUCGGCUGCUGAACACGCACGCGGUUUCUUCAGCAUGCUGAUGACAGAUCAAACGUCCACGCAAAGAUGACAAGAGAGGCGCCAAUGAAUCGGUAGCCGAUAGUCGAACACUUAUCCACAUAUGUUUCCGGCAAAGGAAGAGCUCGCCUACCCUCGCGUCUGCACGUUGUUCUACAUUGAAUGUAAUAAGAAGGGUAGAAAUCAUCGAAGCAUGUCGCGGGUGGUAUCAAGCUGAAGAAGAUAGACAUCAGGCGGACGCGCAGAGUAACAACGCUCGUUUUUUAAUUCCGAUCGUAAUUUACAUUAUGAAGGUGGCUUCAGCUUCAGUGUUGUCCGGGACGCGGUCGCUGAAAAGUGGUGAACGCGUUGCUUCGGCUUGGGGAUGUGCAUCGUGCUCAAAUAUGCCACGCGCUUUGUCCGCGAAGCAUCAGUGAAUCCGUAGAACCAGCUGUUUGAGAGAGUUCCGGCUGCUCAAGUUCGCAUGUGCGAAGACACGAGGCUCGACCGAAUAUUCAAGAUGUUGCAAGAUCUAAGACCGAACUUAAUAUUAUAGCGUAUAAUACUGCAUGUUCUGUAUAGCGUAUCGCACGUGUCGAGAAAUAUGGUAUACGAUCGAUGAAUGCAUGAUUCGGGAAGACGCGCACUCCGUUAAGCAUGGGAUGCAACCGAACAGAUCUAGAAAGAAAAUGAAUAAAAAAUCGAGCGAGACGGAAAGGAAACAAGAGGAGACAGAUGCUCACACUCCACGCGCAAAUUAUUACACAGAUACGUUCUUCAAUUCAUGCGCUGAGAUCAGUUAGUCGUGUCGUUGAGAAAUAUUACGAUAGCGUGAGAGCUUGCAGAUUGCAAUAAAAGCGAACGCUCAAUAAACUUGCCUAAUAACUUCUAAACGGCGAUUUUCGAUCACAUGUAUCGACGAGAAGAGAGAACGACAGGCAAGAGUACAUAUCCAACGUUUUUAGAAAACAAGAAAUAGCUCACGGUCUAGCGAUCAAGGAGUAGAUACGAGGAAGUGGACGGACAGUAUGUCACGUAGUCGUAAAUCGAUUGGAACAUUCAGCGGGACUCGAGUCGCAGGAAGCCUAAAGUUCAUUUGUACAAUACGAUUAUAACGAGACCGUCGCUUAAUAUACACAUAUGCACACAUAUACGUGUCGAAUCACACAGGGACAAAUCGUACUGAUUAAAACGAAACGCCCCUUAAUGACUGAAAACUCAUUCAUUAACUGAUACACUGCUGGUACACGUUAUCGGAGUGAUAACGGUUCUCCUCUGCGGUCGACGAUUCAGAAGUCUUCCAGACCUACGUAAAACGGCUCACGACCAACCGUGAACACCAAAAGGCUGAGUUACAUCGCGAGGAACGCGCAGUCUCCACCUUGUAAUCUCGUGAUCAUUAUCAUCAGCAAAUUCCAUGGACCAUACGAACAUAUCACGACCCCGUAGAAGAGAUGUGAUUGUCAAGAGGGAACAGAGGACAAAAAAGAGAGGCUUUUCUUUCCCGAUCAAUUCUCAGCUCAUCUCUAGAUAGACAAUCGCAUGAAAUAAAAUCGCAUUAAGGCAUCGUUACACUUUUGCGGAAUUUUCGUGCAUCCUUUUAGGAUGCGCGUAUUGUAAGAUAUCAAUAUUGUGCUAUGUUCCGAUUGAUUUGAAUUUAUGCGCUCCUAAAUGCGAAUUAUUACCUUAGCAAAGCGCGGGCUUUGAGUGAACGAUCGCGUUAACAAAUGUUUACAGGGAUGGUCUGACGACUGAUACAAGUGCAAUUUGAUCGUUGCAAAGAAUGGAAAAUAGGAGGACCAAGACUGCUCAAUUUAAUUUUAUCUUACAAAUUGUUGCUCUGUUAGUGGAAAAGCUCCAAUAAUGGUAAAUGAGGAUGUAAGAAUACAACUGUCGCCAUGUUCCUUUUGUAUUACGCGAACAGAAUAUGCAGCUUAAGUAUCGGCGAAUCUUAAUGAAUUUGCGGGGUCCAGUGCAGACGAAUCAGCGAGACAGAUGCCGAAAUAGAACGUGAUAUCGAUAUCUGGUUAUCGUUGUCACAAUAGCAUCAUGCACUGGACAUAAUGUAUAUAUUGAUAGUGCAGUUCUACUUUACACGUACAAAAGUGUUGGAUGCACGCAAUCGCUCUGUUAUGCGUGAACAUCAUUCUCCGGAGGAGGCAUUGUUUCGCGGUGGCAAAAAGGCUCUUGAUGAUGAGCGUGGAUCCACCGCGUCAUUAAUAAUCAAGACCAGGCUACAGAAAGGGAGUCUACGGCUACGACGAUGGCUGAUAGCACUGUUGGUUUUCUUGUUAAUGUCGCUUGUCGUUAUCAAUAGCUACAACACCGGUCAAUUUCGGAUUAUCCGAUUCGGAGCAAUCGUCAAGGAAAAUGGUCAAAGUGACGACGCAACGCAAGAUUACGUGCAAUUGACACCCGCCUACACCUCGAUCGGCAGCGGUGGCUUCCUAGUUCACAACAAAGGAUGCCGAUUACCCGCAAUGGACCCUUUUGAUCCUGCAGUGCAACGUUUUAUAAUUAAAGAGAAGCCACUUGUAUGCGAUCAUGGAAACACCCCAACGUUAAUUGAAUCAAAUAACACCGCGUUAUUUAUUAAUUCAUUGGCAUGGGAGGAACUGUAUAACAGCACGGAUAACAUAAGUUGCUGCUGGCGGCCAUUCUGGCGAACGCAAGAUCAAGAUAAUGCCGUUACAUACGACACACAAUGCUACUUUUUCCAAGAUUCCUAUACUGUGGACGCCGAAUUCAUAAAGGUCGAGUGUUUUCGGAGGAAUGAAGUAAUCUAUAAGGAUUACCAUGCUUUCCUACCUCGGAAAUCUCAAGUAGAGGAUAGAUGCAAGCAGGCACUGAAGACGGAUAGGAUCAGCGAUCGCCUCAGCGUCCUCGUAGUUGGGCUUGAUUCAGUUUCCAGGAUGAACUUUCAUAGAAUGAUGCCGAAGACCGUAAAAGCGCUCCAAACCCUCGGCGCCGUCGAGAUGCUGGGCUACACCAAGGUCGCUGACAACACGUAUCCGAAUCUUAUCCCGGUGUUGACCGGCCUGAAUCAGGACGAGUUGCGCAACGUGUGCUGGCAAAACCACGACAAGACUUUCGACGAUUGCCCGCUUCUGUGGAAGAAGUUCAGCGCGGCUGGUUAUCGCACGAUCUUCGGCGAGGAUGCCUGCAGCAUGACGACGUUCAAUUACCUGAAGCCAGGGUUCAGGGAGCAGCCGACGGAUUACUACAUGAGGCCGUAUUGCAUCGGCGCCGAGAACGACAUAGGCAAUACGCACAAGCUGAACGCGAAUCUCUGCAUCGGCACUAGAAAGACGUUCGAUUGCCUGCUGCACUACACCCGCAAAGCGGCCACGGAGUUCUCCGCGGAGCUUUACUUCGGUUUCAUCUGGCAGGCCAGUCUCACCCACGACUACUUCACGUAUCCCCAGUUAGGCGACGACUCGUAUCGCGACUUCGUCGAGCACGCAUCGCGAGAGGGCCUGUUGAAUCGCACGGUCCUGAUCAUGAUGAGCGAUCAUGGGAUGAGGUGGGGUGAGUUCCGACAGACAUAUCAGGGGAGAAUCGAAGACAAUCUACCUUUUGUCUUCAUCGUGCUGCCGAGAUGGUGGCGAGAGAAGUAUCCGCUGGCCUGGGGGAAUCUCAGACGGAACAGCCGCAGCCUCACGACACCCUUCGACCUGCACGAGACCUUAAAAGAUCUCCUGAGCCCUUACGUUUUACGCGAGUCGCUUCUCAAGAGACGCAUCAAGGCUCAGGCUGCAUUCCCUAUUCCACGCGGUAUCAGUUGGUUCCUACCGGUACCGGACACUCGCACCUGCGACAUGGCAGACAUAUCGAAUCACUGGUGCAUGUGCCACACCAGCAACAAUGUCUCGUUAAAUAACACCGGCCUUCAGGACAGCGUGUCGUUCCUGCUUGGAGAACUGAACGAUAUGCUGAGCAAGUAUCCGCUGUGCGCAAUGUUGAGCCUAAAAUCGAUAAAGGAUGCGAAGGUAUGGCUGGACAAAACGGAGGGCGCAACGUUGAUGGAUUAUACGGUGACCAUACAGACCGCGCCGGGUGAUGCGAUUUUCGAGAGUACAAUACGUUACAAAGCGGAUGAUAACAGUCGUAAAUUAGUCGGCUCGGUCAGCAGACUGAACGCGUACGGCACGCAGAGUGCCUGCGUUGAUGAGUUUAACAUGCGUCUGUAUUGCUAUUGUCUUUAGGCAUGACAUAUCACAAUGAUUGAUAAUGAUUUAUAUUGAAGAAUUUAAAUCAAAA